AUUUCACUCUAUAAUAGAGUUACUCUAUUAUAGAGUAACACCAUUGGAGCAAAAGUUACACUAUAAUAGAGUUACUCUAUUUUUGUGUAAAUUAUAGAGGAAAAAAUAGAGUUACAUUGGAGAUGCCCUAAUCGUCUGCAAAUCUUGUUCAAAACCGAAAAUGAAAAAAAAAAGUUGGAAUAAGGAAAUAAACCCAAAAGGUAUUGUAAAGGGAACGAUGAACAUGCCAUGAUUCUCAUGCAGUUUGGUUGAUCUGCACUAAAUUUGGAACAUAAGAGAAGGCAUGCGGGAACAGUUCACAUGUAGUAACUUCUCCAAGAUCAACUUACUUAAAGUAAUAAUUUUCCCCCAACGAAUAAGCUGUGUUGCGAUUAGUUUCCGAUUCACUUUUAUCUCCAUCGAAAACAACUACAACUCUCUUCUCCUCAUCAAUAAGAAAACUCCCACCACUAAAGAACUGAAACCAAGUGAGUGGCGACAUAUCCACCACUAAGAACUUUCUCCAAGACACCCCAUUGGUCUCAAUCUUGGUCGUAACCCGUACCUCCAUCUCAUACGUAUGCAAGUUCUGAAACAACACAGAAAGAUGCUCUAACACUAGAUAGAGUCACCUCAUCUUCAAAGUAAGACUCAAACGGCAAAGGCAGACGCGGAAUAAAUCUCUCUGCUGUGAAAUCCAAACAGAGUAAAAAACGGGGAACGUCUCCUCCUGCUUCCUUGUCUUGAGAAAACAAGUACACGUUUCCCUUCAAAGACACGCCAUAGUUAUUAGAAACCAUAAGGUUCAAAAGAAUAUGAUCCGAGACCAUACAAUAUAUGAUUUGACAAAAUAGUUAAGGACCAAACCGACAUUAGAAGAUAAUUAUUGAGAGAGUUUUGAUUAGGAUAACCAGAUAAUAGAUUAAGAGAAACCGAGAAUGAUAAAACGGUAAUGACAAACGAUUUAGGGAAGCUAAUCCUGUUUAAGCCAUUCCAGUGAGUUUAGAAAGGCUUAAUGUCAUGUCAAUAUUGGAAAAUAGCUGAGUUACUAUUGGAAAAUAGUGCAGCCAAUGAAAUUAUAACAUUUUUAUUUAAGCGUGUUCUCAAUUACUAGUAUGAUAUGCAUUCACAUAUCAAUCUAGUUUGUGAUAGAAGUUUUGUUGGUAUAGACUGUCACAUAAAUUACAUCAUAUUAUAGAAGAUGUGUUUAAAGGUAAAGUUUAUUUACUCUAUAGUCUAUAUUUAGAUAUGUUAUGUUUUCUUAGCAAAAAAAUGAUAUGUUAUGUUUGGACCAUGUUCCUUGAAAAUCAAGCCAAACCAAGAUCUAUUAAAGUAUUAAAUAAUUAUUUUAAUAGAAUUUUAUGUAGUUUUAAGAAAUUGUUGAUGUGAAUAGCUUUAGAGGAGAGAAAAAUCCUUCAUUAUAUAAAUUAUCUAUUGGAAAUUGAAGAUUUUAUUACCUUUUUUUAGCAAGAAGAUUUUAUUACCAUGCAUAAAUCAUUUUAUAUUAUUAUGCUUAAUAUUGUUAGUUAACUAUUAUUGUUACAAUAUACUUCAUAAUUUUUUUUAUCAUUAUUAAUUAAUUUCAUUUUAUUUUAGUUAAAAAUAUGUGGUAUAUAUUAAUGUAUCAAAUGAUUAUUUUAAUAGAUUUUAAUUUUUAGUUUUAAGAAAAUUACUUAUCUGGAUAGACUUAGACCAUCUCCAAUCACCUCUGAUUUCAUCUCUAUAUAUUUUUCCUAAAAUAAAUAAAUUCUACUAUAUAUGUUGAUUUUUUCUAAUGUAUGCAUAUAUAACAGAGUUCCUCUAUUUUUAAGGGAAAAUAUUUCUUUUUCAGGAAAAUAUAAAAAAAUAUUGUUUUCAUCCGUAAAUAGAGAGACAUCCUCUAUAUUUUAUUAGAAGAACUCUAUUACAGUGACAUAUAUUAAAUCAAAUUCAUCUCUAUAAUAAAAAUUUAUGUUCUAGAAGAAAAUAUAGAGAUAUAAUGUUCUUAGAAAAUAGAAAACUUUCUCAUUAUAUAUAUGAUUUAAAUGUACAUAUAUGUACCCACUUAUCCAUUCCAUUUCAUAUACGUAUAUUGGCUGUUACUGUCGGGAAAUAUCCGCUUAACAUGGUAACGUCUUUAGCAUCUUCUUUUGUCUGUCUAAGUUAAAGCACUGGCUUCUAACAAUGUAUGAUUUAAUUAGUAAAUACAUUGGUUUUGCUCAAGAUUUAACUCUUUCUCUUCAAAACCUAUGCAGACGAAGGCUUGGUUCUUAAACUUUUCAGUGUUCAUUCUCAAGAUCUUCGCAUAUUCGAAAGCUUUGGAUGUUACUCAAUAUGGAGCUUUUGGAGAUGGAGUUACAGACGAUUCUCAGGCGUUCUUGAAAGCCUGGGAAGCUGUUUGUAGCGGGACCGGAGAUGGGCAGCUUAUCGUUCCGGCAGGAAUGUCAUUUAUGUUACAGCCCUUGAAGUUUCAAGGUUCUUGCAAACCGACCCCUAUUGCUGUUCAGAUCUUGGGCACUCUCGUUGCAUCGAGUAGAGGGGAAUGGAAAGGAGACAAAAACCAAUGGAUUCUCUUCUCAGACAUAGAAGGGCUUGUGGUUGAUGGUAACGGCAAAAUAAACGGCCAGGGUUCGAGCUGGUGGCAACACAAAGGUUCUAGACCAACCGGAUUGAAGUUCAAGAACUGCAACAAUCUUAGACUUCGUGGCUUAACUCACGUAGAUAGUGCGAUGGCACACAUUCACAUAAACGGUUGCAACGAUGUAACCAUCUCAAAUCUCCGGAUAAAUGCACCAGAAUCAAGUCCUAACACCGAUGGCAUCGAUAUAGCCGCUUCAUCCAAUGUUGUCAUCCAAGACUGCGUAAUCGCCACUGGUGACGAUUGCAUUGCUAUAAACUCGGGGACGGCUAACAUCAGAAUCUCCGGUAUAGAUUGCGGACCAGGCCAUGGAAUAAGCAUAGGAAGCUUAGGAAAAGAUGAAGGGGUAGCUUCAGUGGAGGAUAUAUGUGUCCAAAACUGUAACUUUAGAGGAACUAUGAAUGGAGCUAGGAUCAAAACCUGGCCGGGAGGAUCUGGAUACGCAAGAAGGAUUACUUUCAAUGGAAUUACUCUAGAUAAUGUCGAGAAUCCAAUCAUUAUCGAUCAGCAUUACAAACAUGAAGAUUCUGAUAAAUCCACUGAUGAUAAGUCCUCGGCGGUGGAAGUGAGCAAAGUUGUGUAUAGUAACUUCGUGGGGACGUCCAAAUCAGAGUACGGUGUUAACUUUAGGUGCAGCGAGAGAGCACCAUGCACAGAGAUAUUUAUGAAAGAUGUGAAAAUAAAAACGGCAUCAUCAGGAAUGGGACAAGUAGCGCAAGGACAGUGUUUAAACGUGAGAGGCGGUGUGACAACACUUGCGGUACCAGGUUUGGAGUGUUUAGCACUUUCCACAGAUUGGGGGACACUGCCGGAACAAGCUUGUAUGUUGCCGCAGCAAUCAGGGCAGCCAGAUACACGACCGUCGCAAGAUCCGUUAUGGGUAAUAUGGGUUUAUGGAAGCGGAGGAAAACAUUUAGGAGUAUAUAGUGUCGUAUUAACUUCAUUAAUUAAUCUCUUUUGGUUUUAAUUAUGUUUUAGGUUAAUCAAAGAUCAAUAUGAUAAAUUAAUUGGUUUUCAUUAUUGUCAUA